AAGAAAGUUCAGACACGUUGUCAGUGGACUGGCAUGUUUGUCGUCCAAUCAAAUGCUCUCCAUUAAUUUCAGUCCAGCCAAUCGACGCGGCCUGGGGGCGGGGCUUCGUCAUGGAGAGGAAUGUCCCGAACAGGUGACAGGUGAGAGAGAUGCAACAUGGGCAGGAAUGGACCAAAGAGUGACUCCAGGAAGAGUCAGCUGUCAUGUCACAAAGCAGCCUGCAACAACUCCUCCACCCGGAGCUGAGCCCCCGGUGGAGCGCGAGUGUGAAAGGGGACCCUGCCAGCCUCCAUGGCUCAUUCGUCAGACCUGUCCCGCAGGGAGAAGACCCCCGGGACCCAAGGGUCACACACUGCUACACGCAACCUCUUACGGAAGAAAGAGCAGCGCCGGCGUGGAAUCCGAUCCUCCUCACCCAUGGGACGGGUCAUCCUCAUCAAUUCUCCUGUGGAUGGUGGAGAUGACAGUGAGGACCUCCAUACGAUCACAGUGGAUAAGAGUGUGGAUGGAAAGCUGGGCUUCAGCGUGCGUGGAGGCUCAGAACAUGGCCUCAGCAUCUUUGUCAGUAAGGUGGAGGACAACAGCACAGCAGAGGAAGCAGGCCUGCUUGUGGGCGAUAAACUAGUGGAGGUGAACGGCAUCAGCCUGGAGAGCAUCACCAUGAGCAGUGCUGUGAAGGUCCUGACAGGAAACAACAGGCUGAGGAUGGUGGUGCGACGUGUUGGCAAAGUCCCCGGCAUCCGCUACUCCAAGGAAAAGACCACCUGGGUGGACUUGAUACACAGACGUAUGGUGGUGGAGGACAGCGGACGGACACCUUCGGAGGCCAGCUCAGGCAGCGCCCUGCAGAGGAUUGUCCACCUUUACACCACCUCAGAUGACUACUGCCUCGGCUUUAACAUCCGGGGGGGGAAAGAGUUUGGUCUGGGCAUCUAUGUCUCCAAACUGGAUCCUGGAGGCCUGGCUGAGCAGAAUGGAAUAAAGAUGGGGGACCAGAUCCUGUAUGCCAAUGGAGUGAGCUUUGAGGACAUCAGCCACAGUAGUGCAGUGGAGGUGCUGAAGAGCCACACGCACAUCAUGUUGACCAUCAAGGAAGCAGGACGAUACCCUGCUUAUAAGGAGAUGGUGGCAGAGUACAGGUGGCUCAAUAAGUUGGCCAAUGGUACUCAGAAAUCUUCCUCCCAGGGCUCAGACUCCAACUCCUCAGCCUCCUCUCUGUCGUCUGGGACUCCGGUCAGCUCUCUGAGUGGCCUGUCUCAGGUCAUGUUCCCCCCCAACCUGCCGUUUGGCUCAGACAUGGUGGAUGUCUGUAUCUCCACUGAGGACCAGAGGUCUGAGUCUGAGCGAACUGAGACCGCCAUCCAGACAGACCUGCCUCCUCAGAAGAUGGGUGCAGACACCACUCGCAGCCUGGGACCCACAACUCUGCUCAAAGACACAUUGAUUUGUGGAGAGGAGGCCAGGGGGAGGAAGGAAUCGCCCAAGACAGCCAUGCUGCUGGCUCUCAGCAUGCCGAGCCGACCAAUCAGCAGGUCGCAGAGCCAAGUCACUGUGGCAGAGAUCAAGCAGAAGAAAGAGAAGAAGCAGAAACGGAAGGCCCCCGAGGAGAAGAGCACCCUGCAGCGCUCAAAGACCUUCGUUAACUUGCUCUUCAGGGGCGGACGCAAGAGAGACACUUCCAGGGGGCGCUCCAAGUCUCCAUCCACAGACAGGGCUGGCAAAGAGGGACGGCAGCACGGCGCAAUGCCAAAUUCAGAGAUGCUUGGCGUGGUGGAGGACAUGGCCCGCAGGCUGCUGACUGAGGAGGAGGUGGCUGCUGUGAUGAAGACGUGUCGACGGUACGUAGCAGAGCGGUCAGUGGAGAACUUGAUACGCCACCUGCUGGCUGUGCUGGACCGGCCUGAGAAGCUGCUGCUGCUGAGGGAAGUCAGAAUGCUGCUUCCACCUUCUGACCUGAGUGUAUUCAAUAACAUGGUGACUCCCAUUGAAGUCGAGGCCUACGAUAUCCUCAAGUACCGUUCAAUUCGAACACCUCCCCUUCGCUCUCCCAUAUCUGGUCGAGCACCCAAACGGCGCCUCAUCACUCCCAUCCCAGAUUACAGGGGAGGCUUUGAGCUCCACAGUGCUGAGGAGGUGGAGAAGGAGAGCCACCUGCUGGAGGAGCUGGAGAAGCUCGGUCUGUCCGGGUCCCAGGAGUCUAGAGAGAAGCCCCACACCUCCAGAUCCUUCACCCCACUGCUGGACAUACCCGUGGACGGAUACAACACAGAGCCCAGACAUCUGAGACCCCCCUCUGCCAAUCCCAUGCUCCCCAACUGGCUGCUGUCCCGCAGCAGCGACUCCCACCCUCCUCUCCGAACAGAGAUCGGCACCAUUCGCUCCGUGCACUUUGACGAGGUUUCACUGCACUCGACUUCAGACAGGCCAGACACAGAAAGAGGACGGUCCCCGUUGAGCAACAGCCACUCUAAAGGCAAAAAGGUGAAAAGUGGAGACAGGAGUAAAGACACGGUGUUCACGCUGCAGAGUGCAGCCCACAGGAGUCGGCCAUUGUUGUCGCAGGUGUUUGGUCCGAGUCCAGAUCAACAAGUCGGGAGUGAACAGAUGAACGGCCACCAGACGUCCUCUGAGAAUGGACUCAAAAGCUCCGAUGCUGAACAGGAGUACGAGCUGAAAACUGUCAGCAUCUCCAAGACCAAACAGUCACUGGGCAUCAGUAUAUCUGGUGGGAUGGAGUCCAAGAUUCAGCCGGUGGUGAAGAUCGAGAAGAUCUUUCCUGGAGGAGCCGCCUCCACCUGCGAGGUGCUCAAGGCUGGAUUUGAGUUAGUGUCUGUUGACGGACUCUCCCUGCAAGGAGUUACCCAUCAGCAUGCUGUCGACAUCAUCCGGAAAGCCUUCAGCAAUAAGGCCAAAGACCCCAUGGUGUUUGUGGUCAAAGUCCCCAAAAGCAUUUAGGAGGACACUGAGAUGCUCAUUGUGAUUUGUGAUUUAACACAUAGAAGUGGAACACACCUGAAACAUACUGCUGAGCUCUGAGGUCAGGUAUGUGAUUUUUGCCAUUCAUGUUAAAAGUUAGGAAUAAUGACCUCAGGCAUUAGGUCGUGGGACUCUGGGAAGUUUAAGAAAAUUAAGACCAUGGAUAUAUGAAAGGAAUUGUCACUAAAUCACACAAAGUAAACACAGAUUUUGAAAAAAUAAUGCUCCUAAUGCCUUAAUGUCAUUUUAUCACAACCCAGGAGCCAAUUGUCCAGAACAUGGUUUUCUUUUUACAUCUUAUGCUGUUUCAACAUCCAUCAGUGUUUAAAACUCACAUACGUAAGUGGAUCAGUAGCAAAUGUCUUUGCUCCUGAAGUCUUAAAUAUGCAGUAUGACAAACUGUAACCCGAGUGCCUUUAAAAGCCCUGUGGACUGCCCAUGUAGAAUAGUGUAACUCCAUGUUGUUAAGUUGUCUUGAAAUCAGACUUUUGACCUGCAGAAGGCAGACGUGAGCCGUUCAGAAACUCUUCUGCUCUGGCCAGCAGGUAAUGAGGAAUAUUUUGAGCAGCCCUUUGUAAUCACACCAGAGCACAAACCUUAAAACAUGUGAACGAAAUGGGUGCUGUAGAAUAAAUAACCCAGAUUGCAAUGGAGAGAAUUACAAGGCAGAUAAAACUGUUAUUUGUUGGGUGAAUACUGGAGUUGAACUAAAUGUACACCUGGAAAAAUAAACUUAAGACUCUUAUUUCUGUAAAAACUGUAAAAGACAAAAUACAAUAUUGCAUAAUAAGUGUAUAAUUUAGUGCAACAACACAGUUGAGGGAGAAAGUACUUCGACUAGGGCUUGCAGGCUUGGGAAGAAGUUGUAUUGAGUUAAACAAAUCUCCACAGAUGGUGAUUAAAUUUAGUCUUUUUUUAAUUAAAAACAUAGGUUUGUUCAAGAAAUGUACAGCAUGAAAAUAUACAUUUAAUGUCUUCAUACAAAUAUUGUGGAUUAUAAAAUUACACUGAGGAACCGGAACACAAACCCACACAAAUAUUAAUAUACAGGCAACUGUAUCUGUACUGUAGGAGCAAAAUAUAAUGUGUGACAUUGCUUUGGUCUAUUCACAGUGGCUAUGUUUGUAUUUUUCUGACAUGGACAGACUAGUCUGCAAGAAGACUGUACACUUUCUGAUUUUUCAGGGUUAUUUACAGAGGAUUAUAAUUCAAUCAGCAGUGACAGAGGAACAGAGUGUCCCCUUGUAGUGUCGGGAAGUGAAAAUACAUGAAACAGAUCCUCUACUUUAAAGGUUGGUGGAAAAACAGUCACGUCACGGUCUAAGUAGUUUGACUUUACACCAAAAAACCCAUCAUCCAGUGCAUGAUUUCCCUCUUUCGGUGAUGCGAGACACAAAUCUCCCACACAGUAAUCAAUCUCCUACCACCUCUUCGACAGAGUAGUACUGAAGUAUGAUCUCUAAUUAGCAAAUACAAGAGCCAACGCGGGGGAGCUUCAGUAUUCAUUCUAUGUAUAUUUCUGUUUAACUGGGAAAACAGAUUGAAUUUAACUAGUUUUUCGCCUUAUGUAAGCAGCAUAUUGCCGGGACUGACAUUAAAACAUUAGGAGUGGGCGAAAUGAGGUUAGACUGUAUAUCAUGAGACAGUAUCAAGUGUCAAAGAUCAGACUUUAUCUUACUGUUUAUAUACUGUGGUCAUUAACCCUUUAAUAUCUGUGUGUGUAUGAGGCCAGUGUGGACUGUAAAUCGGUAAGAGGUACAGCUUUAUGUGGGUGUACAAAACGCAUAUCUUUUUGGAAACGUAGUUCAUGACUCCCUUUUAUAAUUUUUACUUCAUGUCAUGAAAAGUACAUUUCGAAGCCCAAACAGGCUCUUGUCAGAGACCUCUGUACCUGAUGAAGAGCAAAUCUGGGCUCAAAACAUUUUACCUUUCCUAAUGUAAUAAAAUAGAUAUUUUAAUGGUUAA